AUUUGAUCUGGCAAGAAAGAAUUAAUCUUGGUAAUGCUCUCUUCACAUCUCUUUUCUUCAAGCUUUUAGUGCUACUGUCAAGACACACAUCACCCCUACUUUUAAAGAAUUAAAAAAAAUCCUAGAAAAAUGGGAUCAUAAUGUUCUGCCUUUUGUUCAGAGAACUUACUUUUAGCUUUAUAAGUUGAAACACUUUCAACAACUUCUGAUUUCUUGCACUUUCUGAGAAAAUUACAGCAACACGAGGGAUAUUUAGGUCACUACCCAUGAUUUUGUAUUAGUCUCUGCUUAUUAACUGGUGAGGUUAAGGUAGUUGAAGCACAAGCUACGAAGAUUAAUAUUUAUAGUAUGAUACCAAUAAAGACACACUGGAGUUUGUUGGGUCUUGAGGAAGCAAAGAGACUUCAUGUCUCGUCCAGUGUGCUAAUACUGCUUCUCCUCAUCGAAAGAAGAGACAACCAGAUGCCUAGCUUAAACUCCACGUCUUUGCUUUCUUCCGAACAACCAACACGACCAAGGCGAGCUGCAGCCUUCUCUAUCUAACAAACAGAUUGUCUGUUUCAUUCAAAUCUUGACUGAAGGCACCAGAGGACAAAAUGAUUGCUGAGGGAGGUUAUUUUGAUGGUUCCAGAGAUGCUAUCCUCAUGGCAGGAUCACUGAUUCAUGAUUCCCUGGACUCUAUUUGUGACAGUACAGAGAUUGCGCAAGGAAACUUCCACGGUCCCUCCUUUUUCAUAGAAGAUAUAUGCAAUCCAACCAAUCUUACCUCUGAGCCUGCACGAACUAUCAACCAUAUACAACAUCGGGCUGAAUUUGACAUGGAUCAGGAUCUUCACGGCCACAUGAUACAGGAGACCCAGGUAGAAACUUCAAAUUGGGUUCCUGCAAUGUUCGGUACCCAAAAUCAUAUCAUCAGUCAACAGUCAAUUGAACAACAAAUGGAUGACUAUGAUGCUGCAUCAUAUCCAGAUGGUGCUCACACAACUGCACCUGAUCUCCUAAAUCUUCUACAGAUCCCAAGGUACAGUAUGACUACUGCAUUCCCUUCGACAGAACAUAUCUUUGGUGAUCCAGGGCAGAAUGCUGGCAACCAAUUGGACAUCAACAAUGAUGUUCUGGGAAGAGCAAUUCAUGACAGUGGGAUGAUGCUCGGUGAUUCAACUCUACCAUUACAAUAUAAUGGUAAUCAAUCUCACCUAUUCAAGGAUCUCUAUCAUUCACUUCCGCAAAGUUUUGGGCUGUUCUCCAGUGAUGAUGAGAGAGAUCGGACGAUGGGGGUAGUAGGAGCUGCAGGAAAUAUUCUCCAAGAGAUAGACGGGAGGCAGUUUGGUAGUCCCAAACUGGGAAGAAGUAAGAAAGGUGGCUUUGGCAAGGCAAAAGCUAACUUUGCAACUGAAAAAGAGAGGAGGGAGCAGAUAAAUGUGAAAUAUGGGGCUUUAAGAUCACUGCUGCCAAGCCCUACGAAGAAUGACCGAGCCUCUAUAGUUGGAGAUGCCAUCGAAUACAUCAAUGAGCUGAACAGAACAUUGAAGGAACUGACAAGUUUGGUGGAAGGCGAUACCAAACAUAGGAUGAAGAGGCUUAAGUUGGAUGACGCAGCACGUGACAACGGAGAAAGUUCGUCGCUGCAGCAAGUGAAGGACGAUCAAGACAGUCAGCUGAAUGGAGCUAUAAGGAGCUCAUGGAUACAAAGGAGGUCCAAGGAAUGCCAUGUUGAUGUCCGCAUAGUUGGUAAUGAGAUCAACAUCAAGUUCACUGAAAAGAAGAAGACUAAUUCUUUGCUUUGUGCUGCAAAGGUUAUUGAUGAGUUUCGUCUUGAACUCAUCCAUGUUGUUGGGGGGAUUAUUGGAGAUCAACGUAUAUUCAUGUUCAACACAAAGAUAUCUGAGGGCUCCUCGGUCUAUGCCAGUGCGUUGGCUUCGAAGCUCCUCCGAGCUAUGGAGAUGGAGCAUCUCGCUGUUGAUAUCUUCAGUUAGCUCAGCCACCAUGACGGAGAUUCACUGGUGCACCACAAUGGUCCAU